AUGUAUGGUCCUUGGUUAUACUGGUUAAUUGGGUUUUAUUUAUGUUUACCCAUUACAGCUUAUGUCAUCUUACCAUAUAUCAGAUCCAAAGGUACUUAUUCAGGGAAUCGAAAAUCAAUUGCCAUUAUAGUGUUAGGAGAUUUAGGUCAUUCACCCAGGAUAUGUUAUCAAGCUAAAUCAUUUUCCAAUUUCGAUUAUUAUGUUACUCUUUGUGGAUACCUUGAAUCAGAACCUCCUAUGGAUGUCAUUGAUGAUAUUAAUAUUGAUAUUAAUGAAAUUAAACCUAUUAAGAAUUCCUUCCAUUUACCGUAUUUAUUAUUUGCAGGAGAGAAAGUUUGUUUACAAUUAGUUCAAUUAUUCAAAUUAUUACUUGGAUUUAGAGGCACUGAUUAUAUCUUAUUACAAAAUCCCCCUUCAAUUCCGAUUUUAUUACUUGUGAUUAUAUUUAAAAAGAUAUUUAGUCCAUCAACGUUUAUCAUUGUUGAUUGGCAUAAUUUGAAUUAUACAAUCUUGAAUUUAAAAUUCCAAAAUGAAAAUCAUCCUGUUAUAAGAGCAGUUCGAUUUUAUGAACAAUUCUUAGGUAAACAUUUUGUUGAUUUAAAUAUGACAGUUACGAAAAUGAUGAAAACGUUUUUGGUUAAAGAGUUUCAAUUUACAGCAAAGAAAGUAAUUACAUUAUAUGAUAGACCAAGUAAUAAUUUUCAACCUUUGACAUCGACGAAAGAAAAACAAGAAAUUAUUGAAUCCAUUGAUGUGUUUAAUGAUAUUCCAAAUAUAAAUAAUUAUAAAAUCCUAAUUAGUUCAACUUCAUUCACUCCGGAUGAAGAUUUCAAUGUGUUAUUAACCGCAUUAGAGAAAUACCAUACUCAAAUUGAAACUACUAAAAACUUACCACCCAUACUAUUAAUCGUCACCGGAAAGGGACCACUCAAGAAUGAUUUCCUUACUAAAGUCAAACAAUUAGAUUUCAAUCCUUCAAAAAUCAUUAUAAAAUCAACUUGGCUUGCUAUCGAAGAUUAUCCUAAAGUAUUAUCCGUGGCAGAUCUUAGUGUAUCCUUACAUACCUCAUCUAGUGGGAUUGAUUUACCCAUGAAGAUUGUUGAUUUCUUUGGGUCUGGUAUCCCGGUUAUUUCAUUGAAUUUCCCUGCUAUAAAUGAAUUGGUCAAACAUGGUAUAAAUGGAUUAGUUACAAGUAAUAAACCUGAAGUCAAGGCUUCCGAUGAGAUUUAUAGAUUAUUAUUUGAAGUAUUUACUAAUGAUGAAUUAUUAUCUACAUUAAAGGAAGGGGCAUUGGAAGAAAGUAAAUUAAGAUGGGAUGAAAAUUGGAAUAAUACCUUAGGUAAAUUCUUUGAUUAUUAA